AUGGUUGACCUAACAAGAGCGCAGCCUCACGUGUUGAGGAUCACCAUCGCAGCGGCGUGCCUGCUUGGGCUCUUUGUGUUCUUCGACCCCAUCGGCUUUGCGUCGACGUCGAUAGCAGACAACGUGCCCGGGACCCGUACCGUCACCCACCUUGUCAUGUUCCAGUUCAAGCGCGAUGCAGACCAGGCCGCGGUCGAUGUGGUAUGUGCCAAGAUGCUCUCGCUCAAGGACAACUGCCUAGCGCCGAACUCGAAUUAUCCCUACAUCAAGCGAAUCCAGGGCGGCAAGGACAACUCCCAGGAAGGGCUUCAGAACGGCCUGACCCAUGCCUUUGUCGUCGAGUUCACAAAUGCGAACGACAGGAACUACUAUGUCGAGCAAGACCCGGCACACCAAGCUUUCAAAAAGGAGCUUGAGCCGCUUGUGGAGAAGGUUGUCGUGGUGGAUUUCACGAAUGGCAGCUUCUAA